CGUCAAAACCAAUAUUCCACUUCCUCGAAAAUGUAUAAAACUAAUCGAAAGCCUCACCGUUUUCCUCACUGAUUCAUUCUCAUCACACAUUCUUCUAUAUACAUAACAACAGCCUCUUGGCUUUCCUUUUGUUCUCUAUCCCUUCAAACACCAACUCUCCUUCUCACCAUGAAACUCUUCAACGCCUUCGCUACAGCGCUCGGUCUAGCUGGUCUAGCCCAAGCCCACAUGGAGAUGACAUAUCCUCCCCCCUUCAAGAGCAAAUAUAACCCCAACGCCGGACAAGACAUCGACUACAGCAUGACUUCACCUCUCAACGGCGACGGAAGCAACUUUCCCUGCAAGGGAUACAACUCUCUUUUCGGCACCGCCGCCGGUGCACCUACCGCUACGUGGCAGGCUGGAAAGUCGUACAGCAUCAGCAUCGCUGGCGGUGCAGACCACGGAGGCGGUAGUUGCCAGGCCUCACUCUCUUUUGAUCGCGGCAAGACUUGGGUCGUUAUCCAGUCGUGGAUUGGAAAUUGCCCCAAGGCGCCGACUUCAAACUUUCAGUUUACUCUUCCGGUUGAUACACCAGCUGGAGAAGCUCUUUUCGCUUGGACUUGGUUUAACAAGAUUGGAAAUCGCGAGAUGUAUAUGAAUUGCGCGGCUAUUACAGUCAAGGCUGGAAGUGGAACACCGAAGACGCCACUUAAGAAGCGACCUGCUAUGUUUGUCGCCAACGUCGGAAAGGGAUGCGGAACUACGGAAAUGGUUGAUCUCAUGUUUCCUAACCCGGGACCUGAUGUCUCCCUCACCUCGACUAAGACUGGACCGCCGGUCGGUCAGUGCCCUGCUGGACCAGGAGUCCAAUAUCCCUCUGCUAGUCCUUCUCCAACAAAGACAACUACUACAAAGAAGCCGACUACGACUAAGCCACCAGUGAAGUCUACAGCUCCUGGCGGUGUUUUCAUUACUGUUCCCUCAACUACCAAGAAGACGACCCUCAAGUCUACAACCCGCAAGACAACAAGCACCACUACACCAGUCAAGCCUGCACCGACCAAACCCGCCGCUGGUGUCAUCGCUCCCGGUACAGCUUGUAAACCCGAGGGCUACUGGAACUGCAUCAAGACAGGAACCGCUUUCCAGCGUUGUGCUUCUGGUACUUGGUCAGUCGCGAUGGCUGUUGCGCCAGGAACAAGAUGCGUUCCUGGGCAGAGCAUGGAAUUCACUAUCGAGUAUGCCUGAUUAUGAUUUGGACUCUUUCUUUGCAAUACUAUGUUUCUUAUGUUUGAUACCUAGAGUAGACGAGAGAUAAUGAGGCCUUGAACGAAAAAUGCAGUCACUUUCCUUAA